CUUGACACAAUGUCUACAUAACCUAUCACUUUUCCUAAUAAUAAACAACAUCAUAAGAGUUUUCUGUCAUCAACUAACCUAACCAACCUCCUCAUCUAUAUAUAUUUGAAUACUUUCAUAGAGUUCCAUAGAUUAUUAUGGUUGGUUCUCCUACUAUUUAACCCAACCUGGGUCAUAGCCGACCCUUAAUAAAAUAAGGCUAAUGUGAACAGCCUAAAGAGGAGCAUGAAAGGGCCGGCCCACAGGCCCACAGGAAUGUCCGAGUCUAAAAGAACAUGGCAAGCCUGCACCCUUUGCUUUCCUUCCCUCCAAGGCUCCACCUGUCCCCCCUUCCAAAUCCCCCACCUCCCCCCUUAUAAAUCUCCCAUCCAACUUCCCCCAAAGAGGUGAAAGAAGUCACCCAGACCAUGGCCCAAGAACAGCAGGAGAAAUGGGUGACCUUGGAGGAAGAAGAGGAGGCCCUUUCGCUCUCCGACUUCCCGGUGGCCAUCCACAAAGCCAACGACAAGGAGAGCAAGUCCUCCGACGACGCCGUCGAGGACUUCGAGUUCCGGAUAUCGGUAGGAGGGAGCCUCCUCUCCAACGCGGCGGAGACCGACAUGUGCGCCGCCGAUGAGGUCUUCUUCCAGGGCCAAAUCCUGCCGCUGAGGCCCUCCGUUAGCUCCGACAAUGGCCUCUUCAGCACCAGCUGGUGCCCGUCGAGGUCGGACUCCAUGGACCGACACUCCUCGGCCAUCUCGAGCCUGGGGUUCGAGAGCAGUCGGAGCAGCAGCAGGAGCAGCAGCAGCGUCAGCAGAAGCCACUCGUCCAACAGCCACUCCAGCAUGGGCUGUGAGCCACCCCGGGUAUCAGUUUCCAAUAACUUCUACACACAUCCGAGCCCGAUACCGCAAGUUCGCAUCGUCAGGAAGAGGAGUGCGGGUAGAAGGAGCAUGAGCUCAUCGACGCCGGGGUGGGGGAUCUUUCGCUUGGGUGUCAUCAAGACUCCCGAGAUCGAAUUGUACGACUCUCGGUCUAGAAGAUCCAGCAGUGGUGGCAUGAGCAAUAAUAACCAGAAGAGAGAUGGCGAUGUGGAGCGUGGAAAGAAGGUAUCCAACGCCAAUGAUGGCAAUGGCAGUGGUCCAUAUGGUCAUAGUUCUGAUGCAAGUAAAGGUGAAGCUAAAGCGGAAAAGAAGGCGCCGCGGCUCGUCGGACGUGGGUUCGGGUGCAGGUGCUCGCCGGAUUCGGUGGAGAUAGUUUCUUCGAAUGUAGUGAUUGCAAAGAAGAAAAAGGAGGAGGGGGAGGGCUUGAAAAGGAGUGAAAGCAUGUCCCGCAGUAGGAUUUUUGAAUGGUUGGAGGAUAUUUCCAUUACAAAGGCA